UCCUUCUAUUCUGCAUUGCAAUCGCAUAAUCUGUGCCGCACUCACCGGAAGUGCUGCUCUUGGCCUACGCCCCACAGGGCAGCACUUUACUCGAAUGUUGUCUCCACUUUCAACUCACGCGUUCAAGAUCAGAUUAAAUUAAAAUAGGGAGAGAGAGGUCUAGCAUAAAAGCGUGAUUGCUUUCACCCUGACUAUCAUUCGUUUCGCCGCAAUCGCAGGGUAAACCUCAACCAUGAACACUCUGUCUGCUGUCGUUGUCCUCUCUAUGGUGGCCACCGCCAUGGCUGGCGUUGCCCUCCUGGGCGGCCACAGUUAUGGUGGAUUCGGUGGCUAUGGCGGAUUUGGUGGGUACGGUGGAUUCGGUGGCUACGGUGGAUUCGGCGGAUUCGGUGGAUCUAAGGUUGUUUCUGGCCCAUCCUACCUUGUCAACACUGUCCACAGUGUCCACAAGGUCAGCCACGGCGGAAGCUACCUCGGCCACUACGGGGGUGGAUUUGGCGGGUUCGGAGGCUACGGUGGUGGAUUUGGAGGCUACGGUGGCGGUUUCGGCCACGGCAGUGCCAUUCUCGUUGGACACGGUGGAUACGGAGGCGGAUAUGGAUUCGGUGGCGGUCAUGGCCACGGCUGGUGGUGAACGCCUACCACUACUGCAUAGGACUUCAACACCAAUUUCAUUACAGUGUACAAAAGCAUCAAUAACUGCGAAAAAUCUUCGAAGGAAGAACAGGUCGAGGAAACGAUUGAAAAUUAAUGUACGGAUAAAACAUGUAA